AUGGCGCUGACCUUCUCCAGCCGAGACGGCGGCCGGGCAGCGCUGUGCUUCCCCCGAGACGGCGACUGGUUCCAGGGCUACUUCGUCUGCGCUUCGAGUCGCGCGCAGCUCGGGCUGGUGGGGGAGGAGAUGCCAGUGGACGACUGCGUGGCGUGUCCCGACGGCGGGUACCAGGAGUACCGCCUCACAGUGAUGCACUUCGCAGCGGACAAGGAGGCGGUGGAGGCCAUCAAGACCUACUUCCCCACUAUCGCGGGGCGGUGCACUGUGUGCUUUGGCGACAUGGAGAUCUCAGGGCUGGUGUUCCCGUCGUAG